UUCCUCUGUCGGUGGUUUCACGUUCUCGGACCAGUUCCUCCAGAUCUCCACCCUGCUCCCGUCCCGGUACGUGUACGGGUUCGGCGAGAGCGAGCACGCCACCUACCGGCACAAGAUGGAUUACAGGACGUGGGGCAUGUUCUCACGGGAUCAGCCACCCGGCCCGCCGGGUGGUGACGGUACUGCACCCAACCUCUACGGCGUACAUCCCUACCACAUGUGCGUCGAGGAUGACGGGAACGCACACAGCGUCCUUCUACUCAACAGUAACGCAAUGGACGUGACCCUGCAGCCAGAGCCCGCCCUGACGUACCGAACGGUCGGUGGUGUGCUGGACUUCUACAUGUUCCUGGGACCCAGUCCGGAGAAGGUCACUCAACAAUACACUCAGCUCAUUGGCCGCCCGUUCAUGCCGCCAUAUUGGGCCCUGGGCUUCCAGCUGUGUCGCUAUGGUUACAACACUCUGGACAGGAUGAAGCAGAUAUAUGACGAAAAUCGGCAGUACGACAUCCCUCAGGAUAUUCAGUACGGAGACAUUGACUACAUGGACCGGCAGAUCGACUUCACCAUCGACCAGCAGAACUUCCAGGGCAUGAACGACUGGGUGCAGUCCAUCCGGCAGAACGGCACCUACUACAUAACCAUCCUGGACCCCUUCAUCAGUGCAAACGAGACCGACUACCUCCCGUACACGAGAGGGACCGACCAAGACGUCUGGAUCAAAGACGGCGACAACCAUGACCAGAUCAUGUUCGGCAAGGUGUGGCCGUAUCUUCCCAAUAUCACCAUGGAUCCAAACGCAGAUUGGGACACUAUGAUUGCGAACUAUGCAGCACACACCGCCUUUCCCGACUUCCUGUUGAACAGUACCAAACAGUGGUGGGUGGACGAGAUUCAAGCGUUCUACACAGACAAGCUACAGUUUGACGGGCUGUGGAUCGACAUGAAUGAACCAGCGAACUUUAUCUUGGGCUCGGUCAACGGCUGUAGUGACAACCAGUGGGACCAGGCGCCUUACAAGCCUAGGUUCUACGGAGCUGUUCUUGCCGACAAGACCAUCUGUAUGAACUCCAUACAAGGCGGUACUGUACAUUACAACACACACAGUCUGUACGGAUGGAGCCAUUCUGUACCAUCACAAAGAGCCAUGCGCCAGGCCACAGGGAAGCGCAGUGUGAUCAUCUCCCGAUCCACCUAUCCUGGGAGCGGGGUGUACGCCGGCCACUGGCUGGGAGACAACACCAGCAAGUGGCCCCAUCUCCACACCUCCAUCAUAGGCAUGUUCGAAUUCAACCUUUUCGGACUCCCUUAUGUUGGUGCGGACAUCUGCGGAUAUUUUGACGACGCCACCCCGGACAUGUGCCAGCGGUGGAUGCAGUUGGGAGCCUUCUAUCCCUUCAGUAGGAACCACAACGGCAAGGGUUAUCGGCGCCAAGACCCCGCGGCGUGGAACGGGACGAUUGCUGCGGCCUCCCGGGUGGUAUUGCUAACCCGUUACCGCCUUCUGCCCUAUCUCUACACGCUGUUCCACAAGGCUCACUCCUCGGGCUCCACCGUCGUACGGCCGCUUAUGCACGAGUUUAUCAGUGACAAGGUGACAUGGACGGUUGACAGACAGUUCUUGUGGGGACCUGCACUCCUCAUCUCACCUGUCCUGGAAGAGGGUGCCCAUGACGUGACUGCGUACGUACCUAAGGCUCGGUGGUAUGACUACUACACGGGCAAAGAAGUUGUGGAGGCUGGCCGCAUGGUAGUCUGGGAUUGUGACAUGGACUGCAUCCCACUGCACCUGCGCGGUGGUUACGUCAUCCCAACCCAGGAACCUGCCAACACUACUGUGUUUAGCCGGCGGAACUCCCUCGGUCUACUCGUUGCAUUGGACGCCGAGGGAAGAGCGGAAGGAAGUCUGUUCUGGGACGAUGGGGACAGCAUAGAUACCUACGAAAACGACCAAUACAGAAUGCUGACGUUCACAAUUGACCAGGGUGUUCUGAGCAUUAGUGUCGACCAUGACACCUAUUCUCCAACUCCCGAGCUGCAUUUCGCCAGCAUCAGGGUCAUGGGGUCAGAGGGCAUACCUGAUGACGUCACCGUAGAUGGCAGCAAACUGGGGAGUUCUGACAUCAAAACAACAGACGGCGUGGAAAAUAUGUGGUACCUGGAAGGCCUGAACCUGGCCAUGAACGAGCGCCACACCAUCAGCUGGCCUGUACCGAUGGACCCGGCAUCUGGCGCGGUCUCUCCUAAGUCUACCCAGGCUCUGAUAUUUGCACUCACCUCUGUUAUUUUCCUGCUAUUUUCUACCCAGUGAUAUCGAACAGCUAUGUAAUGAAUAAUGUACGACCUUUAUGACUACAUAUAUCCCCACCGGUUAAGUACAGGUCACAGCUAAAUACAUAUAUUACUGAUACAUGUAUACA